AUGGCUGAAAAUCCUUGUGGGUCGAGCGUCAACGCUAUAAAUAAAAUAAAUGACUCCUUUAUAGAUAUAAGUAAUGCGAAUGUAAAUGCCGCUGAUUAUACAGCCACCGAACCUAAGCAAAAAAAUGAACAACCAUAUUCUGAUGAUAAAAAAUUUAACAUUAUCAUGGGUGGUAUGAGCAACUUACAAGCGAGAGUUGACGAUACAUUUGCUAAUCAGAAUAGAGUCUAUGAAUAUGUUAAAGAAAAUCAUAGAAAAACUAAUCAGGAACUCUCGGUAGUUCACGAACGAAUUAACUUUUUUGCAAAGACCUUAAACGAAAAGAUACAGGUAAAAAGUCGUGAGCAUCAGGGUUACGAAAAUGAAAAUCGUCAACAUCGGACUAUUAACAAUCGCGAUUCAAAUUAUGAGGCUUUCGCUGAUGAACCUCGUAAUGGACAAUAUAAACAAGGGCAAUGGUCCAAUAGACCUAAUUACGCGAAUGCGAGCAAUUCUAAUAAUAAUUAUAAUGGGAAUAGAAAGCAUUUAAGCGGCACUGUCCAAAAUGGAAUAUAUAGGCGAGAAAAUAACGCAUAUCAAAACGUGAACUCUCGAAAUGGACAAAAUGAUCUGCAAAAUGAUCAAGAAGAUGUCAGAAAAACGAAUGGGUCGAAUGAAAUGGUCCAAAAUAAGUAUCGAAUAAAGCGUACUCGUUAUAUAGAAAAUAAGGUUGAUAUUAAGGAUUGUUUAGAUAGUCACGAGGACUCAGGAAAUGGCUGA